CACAGGUUGUAAAAAUUAUAUAAAGCGUCAUGUGGUUGUCAAUGUAAGGCGCAGUAAGCACAUUGAUUAGAAAUUCGGACAGAUCAUUGAAACCAUGGCUGAGUACGAUAUUCAGACCUACCUACUCGACAGAGCCAAUGUGCACGAUACCGUCACACGGCUUUGUCUGAAUCUCGACCUACGAUCCAACGAAGGCCUUGUCAACGAUGUCUAUGCUUCACAGGUAGUCAUUGACUACACCUCCAUGUUCGGUGGCAAGCCGUUGGAGACGACGAGCGAGGAAUGGGCCACGAGCCUCAAGCCUAGCAUGAACCGAUUCGAUGGGCAGCAGCACAUUGUCACUGGCUUAUUGAUUAAGCUCCCGCAGCCUGCGAAAGGAGUCGCCAGACCUGACAAAUGCUCCGUCGUCGCGAACGUGACCGGACACUUAGUCCGCAAAGCUGCACGAGGUGGUCCUAUCAUGCAUAAUGGAGGCCGAUAUGUCCUCGAUCUCGUGCGGCUACCGGAGCUAGAACAGAAAGGGGUGAACCCUUGGAGAAUCAGCAAACAGGUCACCGUCUUGUCGUGGGAGGAUGGUAGCUCCGAUGUCAUGGCCGCCGUUGCGAGUAUCGGGAAUUGAGCCGCAACCCGCGAUUACGGCGACAAGGAUUGGCUUGAAACAUGAUGCUCUUACUUGGUCGCAAGUGACU